CCACCUCAGCAGCAUCGCAAGUCCUCAACCUAAUCCCAGCACCAAACCGGAUCAUCACCUCUGACGACCAGUUUCCAAUCACAAUCACUCAAAAUGAAGACCACCACCAGCAUCGUCUCUCUGUUCUCUCUCCUCUCCCUGGCCGUCGCCGCCCCGGCUUCCAAUGUCCAAGUUGGCGAUGGUCUCGUCUUCGCCCAAGGCGCUCCCCCGGUCGUCAACCUUACCGAGACGCCCAACACCGUCUCCAAACGCGCCCCAUACAGCUUGCACUAUUGCAACGCUAUCAACUUCUUCGACAACGAAGGAUGCCGCACCGAUCAGGUCGAGCCCUAUAACUGCUACAACUUGCCUGCUGCAUUCACCAACAGCAUCAGCUCCAUCGAGGCGGCCGACGAAAUCGUCUGUGCCUUGUACAUGGGUCCUUCGUGCACUGGAAGUGUCCUGUACAACGUGCGCCGAGUUGGAGAUCUUCGCGCCUACAAUGGCGCCAAUGACAAUGCCGAAUCCGUCCUGUGCUGGCUGUCGGGCUGCUAG